UUUCACACACACCUCCGUCUCCUAUUUCUAUACAACAAACACGCAUUACGCUUCUCUAUCUAUCUAUCUCUCUCUCUCUGGUUUCAGAUCUGGAGCUCUCUCUUUAGCCGUGUUCGGUUUAGUUUUCGCCGUUAAAAAUGGGAGGAGGAUUUAGAGUGUUGCAUCUGGUCAGACCGUUUCUCUCAUUUUUGCCAGAAGUUCAGAGUGCUGACAGGAAAAUUCCCUUCAGAGAGAAGGUCAUUUACACUGUCAUUUCACUUUUCAUCUUUCUCGUUUGCAGUCAGCUUCCUCUUUAUGGCAUACACUCAACAACGGGUGCUGAUCCAUUCUAUUGGAUGCGUGUUAUUCUUGCAUCAAACCGUGGGACUGUGAUGGAGCUUGGAAUUACACCUAUUGUGACUUCUGGGCUAGUGAUGCAACUCUUGGCUGGGUCCAAGAUCAUUGAAGUGGACAACAGUGUCCGCGAGGAUCGUGCCCUCUUAAAUGGGGCACAAAAGUUGUUAGGCAUCCUGAUUGCUGUUGGUGAAGCAGUUGCCUAUGUCCUAUCUGGGAUGUAUGGCAGUGUUGGUCAACUCGGUGUGGGCAAUGCUAUUCUUAUAAUUAUUCAACUUUGCUUUGCUGGAAUUAUUGUGAUAUGCCUAGAUGAACUUCUCCAGAAGGGAUACGGUCUGGGGUCUGGGAUCUCUCUCUUCAUAGCAACCAACAUCUGUGAAAACAUUAUUUGGAAAGCCUUUAGCCCCACAACCAUUAACAGUGGCCGGGGGGCUGAAUUUGAAGGUGCUGUUAUUGCUUUGUUCCAUCUACUGAUCACUAGGAGUGACAAAGUUCGUGCUCUUCGAGAAGCUUUUUACCGGCAAAACCUGCCAAAUGUUACUAAUUUGCUUGCUACGGUCUUGAUCUUCCUUAUUGUCAUCUACUUCCAAGGUUUCCGUGUAGUUCUGCCAGUCAGAUCAAAGAACGCUCGUGGACAACAGGGCUCAUAUCCAAUUAAGCUUUUUUACACCUCCAACAUGCCUAUCAUCCUCCAAUCUGCCCUUGUGUCAAAUCUCUAUUUCAUCUCCCAGUUGCUAUACAGGAAGUACAGUGGAAAUUUCAUCGUAAAUCUGUUGGGAAAGUGGAAGGAAUCUGAAUAUUCAGGUGGCCAGUAUAUUCCAGUUGGUGGUCUUGCUUACUAUGUCACUGCACCAGCAAGUUUGGCAGAUAUGGCAGCCAAUCCAUUCCAUGCUCUAUUCUAUUUGGUGUUUAUGCUUUCAGCUUGUGCCCUAUUCUCUAAAACCUGGAUUGAAGUAUCUGGGUCUUCUGCCCGAGAUGUUGCUAAACAGCUCAAGGAACAGCAAAUGGUGAUGCCUGGACAUCGUGAUUCAAACUUACAGAAGGAGCUGAAUCGCUACAUACCUACUGCAGCCGCAUUUGGUGGAAUAUGCAUUGGUGCACUUACAGUGCUGGCAGAUUUCAUGGGGGCAAUUGGCUCAGGAACUGGAAUAUUACUUGCGGUUACAAUCAUCUAUCAGUACUUUGAGACAUUUGAGAAGGAGAGAGCCAGUGAACUUGGCUUCUUUGGCUUUUAAGUGUAGUCGUCUGUUUUAGGGAAAUCUUAGGUGGUGCUAAUAAGCAUCCUGACAGUUUUGGUGGAGUUUUAGAUGCAACUAGGUUCCACCCUUGUUGACACACACCAUGGAUAGAGAUUGAAAUCAAUAUGUAGUUUGGUAAUGGUUAGUGACUUGCUUUUCUAUUUGUAUGGUAAUCAUGUUAGCACGCUGAGGCACAGACAAAACAACUACCCGUGAAAACAGAGAUUUAAAAUUUUCCUUUAUUGGUGUUACCUUUCUCUA